AUGUCGCCGAAGAUAAAGACCCUGCGACUGGCGCUGCUUUCCUUCCUACUGUUCCUGGUAACCACGAGUCUGAGGUACACUCUGACCGGAGGCGACGUCAGGGUCAAGAUUGUUAUCGACUCCUCACAAAAGGACUUCGGACCACCGUCGGAGCUCGCCGCUCUGCUAGCCCACUCUGUAAACCACACAAGAACGAACAGGGACGUCAUAGAUUCCGUGGACAGACUGACACCCACACGUCACACGUUCAACUCUCCAGCGAUACAAGUCUUCAGAAAUCAACUGAGCAGUCAAGUUCACACGGCGGAGAUAUUCAUUCUUACACAGUCAAACACGCGCCCUGGCGACCGCAUACCGUACUACAGGGGCCGAGGUGGCUACAACAUCGACAAAACAUUGUACUCACUGCAACCGUCUAGUAUAGCGGCAGGAACAGACAUAUUUAACCGCUGUAGUGUGGUGGGGAACAGCGGCAUCCUGAAGGACAGCGGCUGUGGGCCUCAGAUAGACGGGGCAGACUUCAUCUUCAGGUUGAACUUGUUCCCGACCGUGCCCAAGUUCACAGACGACACGGGAGUCAAAACUCAUCUCGUCACGUGUGAUGACGUCACACUCAACAAAAAAUUUCUAAACCUGGGAGAACCACGUUGGAAACAAGCCUUCCAGAACUACGUCACCAACAGUCGUUACGGCCCUGUGCUGAUCCUGACCGCGCCGUUCGGCAGACGGGAGCACACCCAGCGGCAGUUGGACCUGCAGAGAACCGUCCAUCAGCAGGGGCUGAGGCCGACCGUGGUGCUGGGACAUCCCCUGCACAGGAACGCCACCGUGGAGUACUGGCACAGGGCAGGGCUGGAGAGGACCAUGUCAAACGGUUUCUACAUGGUGAGUUCGGCGCUGUCUCUGUGUACCAAGGUCACAGUGUUCGGGUUCUGGCCCUUCACGGAGGACAAACAAGGGCGGCCCGUGGACUUCCACUUGGCCCAGUCCAUGUGGCCUCACCUCUCACACGAACAGAGCGACGACAGCCUGAGCACCAUGCGCGCAGAGUUUCAGAUGUUACUAGAGUUAGACAGACUGGGUCUACUGAGGCUUGUUACAAAUCCGUGCUGA